AUUUGUGCAUCAAAGUUCUGCGUGAAAACUGCAGCACCCCUCGUGCUAGCAAAAUUGUGAAAUGGAUGAUGGGCUGCUUCGAUGCUUUAGAGAAGCAGUAUCUGCAGAUUAUAUGCAUUGGGGUCUACACCAAUCAAGAGGACCCUAAUUGCGUCAUUGAAUCAUAUCAGUUCAACUUCASAUACACUGAAAAUGGACCUGAGAUGGACAUACUCAGGAACAAUGAUAUUAAGUUACAGGUGACUCUGGAGGACACCAAAAGAGCGUCAGUGCUGCUCAUCAGGAAGCUCUUCCUGCUGAUGCAGAACCUGGAUGCUCUGCCCAACAACGUCUACCUCACCAUGAAGCUGUACUACUUUGAUGACA